ACCAUGCAAGUGAAAAGAUUCGCUGUUUUAAAAUACAGCUUUAAAAAGUCUAUUAUAUUCAAUAGUUUUACAACACUGAAAUCACACAGUUAGGGCAUGUUCCAACUCCUGAGUUCAGGAGUGCUUAUCAGGUACGCCGUGCAUGAUCCGGGGUCGAUUCGAUACGACUGAAGUGAUGCAAUCAUUGAAUGGUAUACACGGCACAGAAGGUCUGGACACCUUAAAGUUGUUUUCUCACAGAACGGUCAGUGUAAUGUGUUUAAACCCUCUCGGGUGAAUGUACAUUUUAUCUCAUUUGACCCAUAUUGGAUUGUCUGUGCUUUCCAGAAGUACAUUAUAUAUAUAUAUAUAUAUUUUAAUGAGAAAUGAAAGGAUGAGGGACUAUUAAUCGAUAGCCAUAAAAAAAACCCAUCCGCAUCUUUAUAUAAAGGGAUUUCAUAUUUGUUCUGCGACACAUCUUCCGAGACAAUUAAGGAACCCCUAAAACAAAUAUGUUGCUCCAAAACGGCGACUCCGUCAAGAACCGAAUAGUGAACACGUCAUCAACGUCGCUGGCGACUGCGUCAUCAAACAAAGUGACAAUAGUGCAAUUAAAAAAACAAAUCAAUCUUUUUCAUGCUGUUUGCAUAAUAGUGGGCAUUAUAAUAGGAUCUGGUAUUUUUGUUUCUCCUGUCGGCAUUUUACAGAAUGUGAAAUCUGUUGGAAUGUCCUGUGUCAUGUGGGGUGUUUGCGGAGUUUUCUCGGCAUUGUGUGCUCUCUGUUAUGCCGAGCUAGGAGUAACGAUUCCAGAAUCCGGCGGAGAGUAUGCGUACAUUAAACGAGCCUUUGGCGACUUUCCCGCCUUUUUGUCCAUGUGGAUAAAUUUCAUCAUCAUCUGUCCAGUUUGUGUGGCCGCAUCAUGUCUUAUUUUUGCAACUUAUAUUCUUCGUCCAUUUUUCUUGGAUUGCGAUCCUCCAAUUAUUAGCAUAAGGUUGAUUGCAGCCCUAGUAAUAGUAUUUUUGAUUUUGAUAAAUUGUGUCAAUGUCAAAUGGGCCACGAAGAUUCAGGUUGUAAUCACAGCCAGCAAGCUGCUGGCCCUCUUUCUCAUCAUUAUCAUCGGCUUCGUUUCUAUGGGUCAAGGAAAAGUUGAAAAUUUCAACAAAGCUUUUGAUGGCAGCGACUUUAGUGCAGGUGCAAUCGCCAUUUCAUUUUACUCAGGGUUUUGGGCCUUUGGAGGAUGGAGCUAUCUGAAUUUCUUGACAGAUGAAGUGAUCAAUCCACAUAGAAAUUUACCACUGGCCAUUAUAAUAUCGAUGACCAUCGUGACUCUCGUGUAUCUGAUUGCAAACAUCGCCUACUUCUCAGUCCUGACGCCAACAGAAAUGCUGAGAUCGUCUGCCGUGGCGGUUACCUUUGCUGAGCAGACAGUAGGAGUCAUUGCUUGGAUUAUGCCGAUCCUGAUCGCUAUUUCAGUAAUGGGGUCCAUGAAUGGAACUUGUUUAUCUAUGUCAAGGUUGUUUUUCGUUGGUGCCAAGAACAACCAUCUUCCAAAGAUCAUUUCCAUGAUCAAUUUUAAAUAUCUAACUCCAGCACCAUCUCUUCUAAUCAUUCUGAUUUUGACACUGGUUAUGCAGAGUUUUGAGGAGAUAUUCUUCCUUAUUGAGAUGAUGGGUUUUGGUUUUGCUAUUGUCCUUUCCUGUGUUUUCGCUGGUCAGAUUUACCUUAGAAUCAAGGAACCAGAACUUCCUAGACCUAUUAAGCUUCCUCUUGUCUUGCCGAUUUUUCUGCUAGCCUCGAGUCUUCUGAUAUUAGUGCUAACAUGUCUACAGAAGCCUGCUGAAAGCUUAUUGGCUGUCAUCCUUAUCGUGGCUGGAAUUCCUCUCUACCUUAUAGGUGUUUUAUGGAGAUCAAAACCUCGCGAGAUUUCAGACGUGAUACAUCGAACAACAUGUUUCAUUCAGAAAAUCCUUUUGGUGGUUCCCCAGGACAAGAACGAAGAAUGGAAGUAGAUUUACAAAUGUUUUGAAUAAGUAUGAAUUUUCCGGGCAACUGUAAUCUAGAAAAAUGUUGUUCCUGUAUAAUACUGCCUUUAUUAUAUACAAAUGUGGCUGUGUUCAAUUCGAUAUUUUAAUUAAAUAGAUAUACGUACA